AUGCCUCUCAUCAACGAAACGGCUCUUCGUAUACCCUCAAAGGUCACGAAACGCGCCCCUGGUCGCCCAGCUAACACGGGUGCCGCACAGAGACUGAUGAUGCUGGAGGACAUCGACGAAUAUCGGCGUCUCAAGGCGGACCAUGCUUCGCAGAACGCCAUUACCGGAGUCAUUAACAAGGAAGCUCGCAAGAUUAUACAGCAUUUUGGUUGGUCUGACCCGUUACUCGCCACCGUUCCAGCGGCGGGUGAAGAGAGCAGCAGCUUCACCCUGAGCGAAGAGGAGAAGAAGCGUAGGGACCUGACGUUCAAGAGAGUCCGCGAGGAAGUGAGGAAGGUGUGGCGCGAGAACCGGCUGCCAGCCGAAGUGGACGUAGCAGACAAGCCUUCAACCGAGAUAGCGGAACUCAUCAAGUUAUUUGCGCGCAAGCCCCGCCGAAAGCAAGCGUACAAAGUCUGGGCAACGUCACAGCCCCGUCCGGACCUAGAGAAAGAGGUGGAUACGCAACACGCAGCCAAACUACGGGAAACUGCGCUCGUUCCCCAACCGCCACGGGUAGCAACGUGGAACGAAGUUGCGUCGGAGUGGUAUAAGAUGGCGCCUAAGAAGGAGAAGAAGGAGGCUCGCAAGCAGUGCAGACGUCUCCAUAAACAAGACUUACAGAGAUGGGAAGCCGGCGCGUCUGCAGAUCCGCAAUCCCCUGAAGAGGCGAUAGAAUUCAUGGAAGCGUCGCAGUCAUUCUUGAGCGAUCUCAUGCACUUUUUUGCGAAUCGCGCUUCUGGCGUGGCAAUCAUGUUCUUAAGCGGUCCCAACGGUGCUAGUCUGAUGUAUGCCGCUGUCACCUUCAUUCUGUCCCAUUGA